AGUUAGAGUAGGCUACAACAGCAACGAUCAAAACACUUUGCACCAUGUGUGGUACCAAAUUGAAAAAGUGUUGUAAACAGCUUUUAAGAGUUUCAGACUCGCCAUCCGUCCCGUUCUUGAAGCGUAGAAGCAUUUUAAGACGAAAUGCUUUUCGAAAUGUUGUCGCUGGUUCCUCAAAAUUGCACAGCCUACUGAAGCUCGAGAAACGGUUUCUGAAACAAUUUCUGCUGUACUUUAAUCUUUACCAGCCCGGAAUGACCGUGCAGGAGAUGCGGGACAUGAAAAUUGCGCUAGAAGAUAGCUUGAACGUUAGACGCUUUUUCCCGUGGAAAGGUGAAACCGUAGAAUGUUGCUGGUGCGCUUGCCAUUCGAAAACGAAGUAA